UUGUGAUGGGCGGGUUGUACAUUGCGUUACGUAGCUGCUUGUUGUAAUCGUUCAUAUUAUAGCCCAGUGUUUGUAAUCCGUUGUUUUCAACCUGACGCAACUUCGUGUGUUUACUACUCACUCAUCUAUUAUUUUAGAUCAGUUAUACGAAGUAGUCUGUUUUUUACGCCUGGGGAGUGGGGUUGAAGUCUGGCCUCUAGCUGCGGCUGCGAAUUAACUUAAUCUUUUCUCAGUAUCGUCCUGCAUUGAAACAUUUUUAUUUAAUAAAUAUGACGGUGAGGGGGAACCUGUAAACUAAAUGACUGUCAGAAAUAUCGCCUCCAUUUGUAAUAUGGGCACCAAUGCCUCUGCUCUAGAGAAAGACAUUGGUCCGGAGCAGUUCCCAAUCAAUGAACACUACUUUGGAUUGGUCAACUUUGGGAACACUUGUUACUGUAACUCGGUGCUUCAGGCCCUGUACUUCUGCCGGCCCUUCCGGGAGAACGUGCUGGCCUACAAGGCCCAGCAGAAGAAGAAGGAGAACCUGCUCACGUGUCUGGCAGACCUCUUCCACAGCAUCGCCACCCAGAAGAAAAAAGUGGGAGUCAUCCCGCCCAAGAAGUUCAUCUCACGCCUGCGCAAGGAGAAUGACCUGUUUGAUAACUACAUGCAGCAGGACACCCAUGAGUUCCUCAACUACCUGCUGAACACAGUGGCAGACAUCCUGCUGGAGGAGAAGAAGCUGAACACGGUGGCAGACAUCCUGCUGGAGGAGAAGAAGCUAAACAUGGUGGCAGACAUCCUGCUGGAGGAGAAGAAGCUGAACACGGUGGCAGACAUCCUGCUGGAGGAGAAGAAGCUAAACAUGGUGGCAGACAUCCUGCUGGAGGAGAAGAAGCUGAACACGGUGGCAGACAUCCUGCUGGAGGAGAAGAAGCUGAACACGAUGGCAGACAUCCUGCUGGAGGAGAAGAAGCAGGAGAAGCAGAACGGACGCCUCAAGAACAACGGAACGGCCAUCACCACGGAGACCGAGCUCGAGAACAAGACCAUGGAGCCCACCUGGGUGCAUGACAUCUUCCAGGGCACGUUGACCAAUGAGACACGCUGCCUCAACUGUGAGACGGUCAGCAGCAAAGAUGAGGACUUUCUGGAUCUUUCUGUGGACGUAGAGCAGAAUACAUCAAUAACACACUGUCUCAGGGACUUCAGUAACACAGAGACCUUGUGCAGUGAAUACAAAUACUACUGUGAGACAUGCUGCAGCAAGCAGGAGGCCCAGAAAAGGAUGUGUGUGAAGAAGCUGCCUAUGAUCCUGGCCCUGCACCUGAAGCGAUUUAAGUACAUGGAGCAGCUGCAUCGAUACACCAAACUGUCCUAUCGUGUUGUCUUCCCUCUGGAGCUCCGCCUCUUCAACACCUCUGGAGACUCUGUCAACCUCGACCGCAUGUACGACCUGGUCGCUGUGGUCAUCCACUGUGGCAGUGGACCCAACAGAGGACACUACAUCACCAUAGUGAAGAGUCAUGGCUUCUGGCUGCUGUUUGAUUAUGGCAUCGUGGAGAAAAUCGAUGCCCAGGCCAUCGAAGAGUUCUAUGGGUUGACAUCAGACAUCUCCAAGAACUCAGAGUCUGGAUACAUCCUCUUCUAUCAGUCCAGGGAGUAACUGGAAUAAACACCCAGCCAUAGAGAGAGAAUGAUUGGAACUCUGACCCUGACCCCUCUCUGAGUCAUGUGCCAACGCCAUUCCCUGUCUCACUGCCUUCCCUGGGUAUGCCUGGACUUCAUUUCCCAUAACCCCAUGCUCUCCCUCCCUGCAUUCAGCAUGCUGGGAAGACUGUGUAAACUGCCUUUUGUCCUUCAGCAUCUGGACAGCACUUUAGAACAACAACAACAAAAACAAACAGUCACAACAACAAGGAGCAGGAAACAUAAAGAAGCUACAACGGGCUGGUGUGUGAUGCCCGUUUGUCUCCACCUGGGGCAGGUCUGGAGGUCUGAAGACACAGACCUCAGACCACAGGUCACUCUUCCUGGGUCUGCCUGGCAUACAGAGCUGGCUGGACUGGUACAGGUACAGACUGCUAUGGGAAAGAAGAUUGUAAUAGUUGUCUAUUUUCACGCAGUCAUAAGUUCAUAAAUACUUUUAGUAGGGUUAUCCCGUGACCUUAUAUUUACAAUGUCCAGCGCAUAGAUGUAUUCUACCUGGGGAAUGGCUAGAGCUGGGAUGGAAUGGGAGUUUUAGGGAGAGAUAUAAACUAGUUGAAAGAGGGUCUAUGCAUCUAGUGUCGCUGAACUGCAUGUUUCGGUGUUCACUGGUUGAGCUGGUGUAGAUUCAACUUGAGUUGUGACCAAUCCAAACCUAUUCAUUGUAAUGCUGAGAUAUGGUAGUUCUACAGAAGACCAGGAUGCAUGUAGCUCUCUGUCUGCUGCUCCCGUCCCCUAACAUAGACUGGCCCAGGCCCUAAUGCUCCUCUCCCAAGUUAUAACCAUGUUGUGAUCCAGCCCCCACUCUAGAACAUAGUCACUCACUGACACAAACUACAUCUCUACUAGUUUGGUUUCUGUCUAAUCCCUGUUUUGUAAACUCUUAUUUAUUUUGAAUGUUAUAAUGUUGACUGUGCUUGUCAUGUAUUGUCAUAUUAUGUCUUGUUCCUGUUCUUUCUCUUCACUCUGUCUCCCUCUGCUGGUCGUAUUAGGUUACCUUCUCUUUCUCUCCUCCUCCAGCUGUUCCCCAUCUCCUCUAACUACCUCGUUCACCCUUUUCCCACCUGUUCCCUUUUUUCCUCUGAUUAGGUCUCUAUUUCUCUCUCUGUUCCUGCUUCUUUCUUUGUCAGAUUCUCGUUUGAGUUUCUCAUGCCAGAACCAAACUAUCGUCUCGUUUGCUUCACCCUUGUCCCGUCCUGUCGGAAUCUGCCUGGCAAGUGCAUCCUGUACUCAGCUAACUGUCUUAUCGUUGGUACUGUGUCCAGUUCAUCUGAUGCUACGUUGUGUCCAGUUCAUCUGAUGCUACGUGAGAUCAGGUACCUCUGUUCCUCUACGACCCGCGCCUACCCAGAGAGACCUGCAGCCUGUCGCCGCUAACCCAGCUAUUCUCCUCUGCUGCUAAGAAGGGGGCUCUUUGUAAUUAUCAGAAGGACUUUUUGUUUCAUUUGUCGCCCUCUCUGCAGGUUGUCUAUUUUGCCAUUAUCUACAUCUGAAGAGGAUCUAUGUCUUCCCUGUGUUUACAUUAAAGGACUCUGUUUUUGUUAAA